CUCUAAACGUGGAAGUUACAAUGCUUUUCUGGCUAGUUAGGAAUGUGGCAGGUGGGGAGGGAGAAGGCCCAAGAUACUGGUUUCCGGAGGGGAAGACACCCAACAAGGACGGCACUUUUCAUUUUAAACGUCCCAGGAUGAUCACGUCAAGGAAUUAUGUUGGAAUAUGAAACGAGUGGAGAACUAAAGACCAAAUGCAUCGAUUUGCUCAACCUCAGUCCCAGUACUGACGUCAAUGCCUUAGUAGAGGAGAUACAGAAAGCGGAGCCGGUAAUCACAGCUUCACGAUCAGACCAAGUAAAGCUUUUACUACGGAGAUUACAAGACAAACUCAGGCAGCACAGCAACCACCAAUUCUAUCUUUUUAAGGUUCUCAGAGCACAUAUACUGCCAUUGACUAAUGUUGCACUUAAUAAAUCGGGGUCUUGCUUUAUUACAGGAAGCUAUGAUCGGACGUGUAAACUUUGGGAUACUGCAUCUGGAGAGGAGCUUCAUACCCUGGAGGGCCACCGGAAUGUGGUUUAUGCCAUAGCAUUCAACAAUCCGUAUGGUGACAAAAUUGCCACUGCAUCCUUUGAUAAGACUUGUAAGCUAUGGAGUGUAGACACGGGAAAAUGUUACCAUACCUUUAGAGGUCAUACAGCAGAAAUAGUGUGUUUGUCAUUCAAUCCUCAAAGCACCCUCGUGGCCACUGGCAGCAUGGACACAACAGCCAAACUGUGGGACAUUCAGAACGGAGAGGAAGCGCUCACUUUGACGGGACAUUCGGCUGAAAUCAUCUCUUUGUCCUUUAACACCUCGGGAGACAGAAUCAUCACAGGGUCUUUUGAUCAUACAGUUGCAGUGUGGGAAGCUGAAACUGGAAGGAAGGUGUAUACCCUAGUUGGGCAUUGUGCUGAGAUUAGCAGUGCUUCAUUCAACUGGGAUUGCUCUCUGAUAUUAACCGGCUCUAUGGACAAAACCUGUAUGCUGUGGGACGCUGCAAAUGGAAAAUAUGUGGCAACAUUAACAGGCCAUGAUGAUGAAAUACUAGACAGCUGCUUUGAUUACACUGGAAAACUUAUUGCUACUGCUUCAGCCGAUGGAACGGCAAGGGUUUUCAGUGCAGCCACAAGGAAAUGCAUUGCCAGAUUGGAAGGCCACGAAGGUGAAAUUUCAAAGAUUUCUUUCAACCCCCAAGGGAAUCGUCUUCUAACGGGCAGCGCUGAUAAAACAGCGAGAAUCUGGGAUGCUCAGACUGGUCAGUGCCUCCAGGUUCUUGAGGGGCACACUGAUGAGAUCUUUUCAUGUGCUUUCAACUAUAAAGGCAACAUAAUCAUUACAGCAAGGAUAAUACCUGUAGGAUAUGGCGUUGACGGAAGAGAGCCGGCUGAUGAGCGGAUUUGCUAGCGAUGGAGGUGAAGGUAGAGCUUCACAGUUGUCAAGCAAGCUGUUUUCAUGUUUCACAUCUUCUCUUUUUCUGCAAGUCAACUACAUGCUGUCGUUAGCUUCGCAGAUAUGACCGUUAAAACUAAUAAACUUAUAUCACGUCUU